UUUGAUCACAACAUGUGAUCACAUUUUCACAUGUGUAGUUUAAUGUUAUCACAUGUUGCUUUACAUGUUAUCACAUUAACUUCACAUAAGAUCACAUGUGAAAUUCAUGUGGUUUUUCCAUAAGGGUCAAGAGCUUUCAGGUAUUGGAGAUGUUGAAUUAGUUCAGGUGUCAUCCUAAAACAUCUCCCAGAAUCCCAGUUGCAUACUACAGACAUACCACAUACCAUACAAUAGUACCAAAAGCUAUAUUAUUCAGAAAUGACUUAGAUGAUUGUAAAUGUGAAAUACAUACAAAUAAACAUUAAAACAUUCAUCAGAGUAAUUUAGGCUACAGACAUCACUCAGCUAUUAUACCUAGGGAACCGAACCUGCUCCUCAAUCGCAGACUGAAGUAGCCUAUUCUGCAGUAGCUUUCACUCUGUGCAGUUGUACAAUUUGUAUACAAAUGGGCACAUUUUUGGUUAAAAGUUACAAAUUAAAAAAAAAGGUACAUUUUGUUUUGUAAGGAAUCCUAAAUUCAUGACAACUGCAUUGAAUGAUAAACAGCAUUGAGACUUUCCAAUAAGGUUUUUUAAAUAAGCAUGAUAUUUUCAUAAUCAAUGCAUGAAAUUCAAAUGUUUGACUGUCUGACAAACUAUGCAAACGACGUAUCCCAUGACCAUCCCAUCAUGCAUGGGACAGCGUUUGUCAACAUACAAGUCAGAGAACUCCAAAAUGGCGGAUCGUGAAGAGGACCCAGAGAAUGAAGACGACACAUGCGAGGGGAUCUACCUGACAGAAUAUGCCAGACGUCAACAAUGGUGGGGCCGCCUAUUUGGUGGGAACAAUUCGGGUCCUAUGUCUGAGAAGUUUUCGGUGGCCACACAAAUAGCACUGGGGGGAGUGAGUGGCUGGUGUGCAGGAUAUAUUUUCCAGAAGGUGGGGAAGAUUGCAGCCACCGCUGUGGGUGGAGGAUUCCUGUUAUUACAGAUAGCCAACCACAGUGGCUAUGUGCAGGUGGACUGGAAGAGAGUGGAGAAGGAUGUCAACAAAGCCAAGAGACACCUGAAGAAGAAUGCCGACAGGGCUGUACCAGAGUUUAACUCACUUAUUGACCAGGUAGCCCACUGUAGCUGUCCACAGAGUUUGUGAAGACAAACGUAAUCAUCACCAGUGGAUUCUUCGGAGGCUUCUUGCUUGGACUGGCAUCCUAAGAUAUAAAAAUAGAGACCUGCUGUUUAUUAAGGCUUUUUUUGAGAGGUCUGGUCUGUCGCGCCCAUCUAAAAUGGUGGUGGAGAAAACAAGAACAGAUGCAGAGCACAAUAUAUCAAAAUGAGCCAAAGUGUAAUUACACAAACCACAAAAGGGUAGUGCAGUUGUAAAUACUCUGUAAUGUGUACCUACAGUUACACAAUACCUACCCAUGUAUCUACCAUGUAAAUGCUAAAUGCAUGGUUUUAGUGCUACUUGAAACUGUAACCAAGAUUUUCUGCUGCUCCACCGAAUAAACAAAACCAUGUUUCUAGUCAGGCUUUAGCUCUGAUUCAAGAAAAUCGGGCAUGACCUAAAAGGAGUCAGUGGGUCUUGUGGGAAAUACUGGUCUACAAAACAGUUAAUCAACACUCUGUUAGAGCACACAGGUGUUGUGAUCCUGUACAUGGGAUCUAGUGGUCCUGUCCCGCUCGGAUUCAUGUAUUCAUCAUAUGAAAAGAUAGAAACAUACUCAUUCAAUGGCUUUGAGUGGGUGCUGGAGAUCAAAGUAUGUAUGUACAUGUAUGUAAAACGGAUAGGAAGACGCCACACACUGCAAUCUAAGCUGUAUUUAUUGAGAUCGACCUUGUGGUCCAUCAGACUUCCAUGCAUCCCGUAGAGGAAUAUGUACAGUAUAUGUACAGUGUACUGUUGCAUUGGUUACAGGUACACACCUUAUUGGGCUGUAAUUCUGGACCUUAUUAAUUACAUUUGGGUCCAGUUCUUUUCCAGUUCAUUUGUUUAUAUUGUUAUUUUUGUCAAUAGUCCUACACCGCUAGUAUACUCAAGUCAUGCAGUGCAUCAUGUUGCUCAGGAAACUAUGACAUGUCAUUUUCAUUGUAUGAAUUAAUACUUCAGUCACAUUAUAUUGAGUGAUUUAGGAUUACUAUGACAAUAUAUUAUUUUGUCUUUACAAGCAGUGCAAUAUUUGCUUAGAGGUAGUGUAGCCUCUUCUCUUUCACAGGAAAGCUAUUUACCUUUGUUAUUGAAUGACAGUGUUGUUGUACUUUGUGUAUAUAUCCUUAAUAAAAGACAAUGCAGCAA